AAACAUGUGAAAGUCCUUCAGUUUGCGAAGACGACAAUUACGCGUUCAGAGGUUUACGAGAUCGAAGAAAGUGGCUUAGCCGUCAAAGAUCCGCAGAAGAAGGACUUAUUUAUACUCAAAGAGAUACGAAGAAAGAUCAUCGGCUUUCCGGGUAAUCGACCCUUGUCAUCAGCUUCCAAAUCUCGCGAGGAAAUUCUCCAUGAAAAUAUCGAGUGUUACAUAAGAGAAAAUAUCAUAACAUCGACAUCAGAUAUCAAUAUGUCUUCGACUCCCAAGCAGAAGCAGGAGUUCCAACAAGCCAGGAAAGCAAUUCAGGAACCAUCAAAUUCAUCAAAAAAAAAUUCACCGUUCCUACUCCCCAAGCCGAUCAAAUUGACGGAACAACUGUCUCCAUCGUUCAGUCUUUUUGACGAUUUUACCUUUUCCCUCUCACCCCCGAAUGCACAUGAAGGCCAAGGAUGGACUCCCUCCGACCAGUUUAAACUGGGAACCGCGACUCAAAGUAGUUAUCUCACAGAUACCAGGAUCGACGAAAUGACUCCGCGAUUUUCUAACUUGAGUCUUCAGAGAGAGGGAGCAAGAUUUCCAGAACUGGGACAACGUCGAAAAAUUGGUCCAAUUAUUCCACCGAAUCCUACAUUUCAACCCGUCGUCUGGCCUGAAAAGGGAUUUCCUUUCCAUCAGACUGGACCGUCGAAUGUAGUUCCAAAUUCUCUUCAGUGCGCCUGCACUCCCGUUUGCGUAAUUCCCCAACAAAUGCCGUAUGAGUUGGAAAAACAGGCUUUUCUCUGCAAUCAACAUCGCUGCAUGCCUACAAGUUGUGCAGGAUGCAUAGAAGAGUUUGCCAAUUCAAAUCUGCACCGGAUGCCAGAACCUUGCAGUUUGCCCUGCUGCAAGCCGACUCAGCAUGUCCGUAUUGUGAGCCAGGAGGAUGUGUAUCAGCAGCUUCCGGAACCUUAUCAGUCUCCAGCUUCAUUGAAAGGUCGGAAGAAGCUCACCUCUGGAAGAUCAAGGAAGGCUGUUGUGAAGGUGAAUCAGCGUCGCAGAAACCAUUCAGAAAAUCGAGAGAUUCCUGAGCAACAGAUUUUUGUUUCCAAUAAGCCAGCUGAACAAAUUCCGAAAGGGGCCAGACCGAUUUUACCAGCCAGGAAGUAA